GCCCGUUGCUUUGUCCAAGCUCCAUGACGAUUGCACAGCCCGACCAAGAGGCCGGUGUGGCUGCCGGGGAUGACAUUGACGAAGAACUGCUAGAGGAAUUGGUGGGUUCUACUGGAGCUUGGAAGUCUUGGAGUUCUCAGCUGCAUCAUCACGACCGUGGUCUUGAGCAAGCCUUGACCGCAUUCCUUGCGUAUCAGAAACCGAACCGAAUUAUUGACAUGGGAUGCGGUUUGGGUUUCUACGUUAGGGCGCUACGAGCGCGUGGUUUGGAAUGCCACGGGUUUGAUGGGCAUGCCGAGACCGAGCGUUUGACGGAUGGGCUUUGCUACCAUGCUGACUUUGCCGAUUGCGAUCUUCCGCAAAAUAUCGCAAAAGCAGGAUACGACUGGUGCGUUUGCCUCGAAGUCUUUGAACAUGUUCCCAAGCAUCUGGAGUCACAACUCGUGGAGUGCCUUUUAGCUGCAGCAGGUAAAGGCUUAAUACUUUCUGUAGCAACACCAGGGCAAGGAGGCUUGGGCCACGUCAAUGAACAGCCUCACGAGUAUGUCAUCAAACUUCUCGAGGGACAUGGCCUGAUGCUGGAUGAGAAAUCACAUUUGAGACUUCGACAAUAUUGCGAACUGCCCUGGUUCCGUGAGAACCUGCUUGUAUUUCGAAGGCCUCAGCCGGAGUCCAGGACUGCUAGCUGA